AUGGCUGAUGUGAUACUCAUAGUCCCAGUGACGGUGAUAUCAUAUAGUUCUGUACUUAGGUAUACACGGAGCACAGUCUGGAGACCAACUGCUGCCACAUUCAAGAAUCAUUAUGGCUCGCCCACGUGCGCUAUCAGGUGCCGAUACUCCCAAGGAGCCUCACGCUGUAUCUCUGAAAGGCUCGCGCGACCAUCACUCUCUUAUCAAAACCCCCUCCCGAUAUCCAACGCACCUAUUUCAGCGAAAGCAUCUCUAAGCUACCCAUCAGGAGCUUCCGAUGAUAAAUUCAUUCUGUCACCUCUUCUUACUUUACCUCCAUCCUUCGGAUCCGUCUACGUCGGAGAGACCUUCGGAUGCACACUUAGCGCGAAUAAUGAGAUAGACGAUGACGACAGUGACGACGAACGAAUCCUCACCUCCGUGCGCAUUGUCGCGGAGAUGACAACACCCUCAUCGGUUGCUGCCUUGGAACUUGACCCGCCCAGUGACAGGGCAUCAACAGAAGGACUCAAAAUUGGCGAGUCGUUACAGAAGAUCGUGCGAUUCGAUCUGAAAGAAGAAGGGAAUCACGUGCUCGCCGUCAGCGUCAGCUAUACCGAGACGAAAAUAGGAUCCGACUCGCAGGCGGCUAGUGGCCGGGUGCGAACCUUUCGCAAAUUAUACCAAUUUGUGGCACAACCAUGUUUGAGCGUUCGGACCAAGGCUUCCGAACUUCCGCCCCUGGAAGUCGACAAUAAAUCGCUCGGUCCGUAUGGGAAAACGAGAUUACUCCGAUAUGCGCUAGAAGCGCAGCUAGAAAACGUGGGCGAAGGUGCCGUGGUGGUCAAGGUGAGAAUUGUCCCGGGUGAGAGCCCAACCAGACCGGGCGCGAUGCUAACAGGGGAUGGAAAGCAAACGAAACUCAAUGCCAAGCCCCCGUUCCAAUCCAAAUCGCUGAACUGGGAUACCAUGAACCCUGACAUGCCGUCAUUGCCCACCCUUAACCCACGGGAUGUCCUCCAAGUGGCAUACCUGGUGGAACAAGAGGAAGGCCAGAACGAGGGCCUGGAGACCCUUCAAAAGGACCUCCGGCGAGAUGGCCGUGCCACGCUGGGUCAGUUAUCGAUAGAAUGGCGAGGCGCAAUGGGGGACAAAGGAUUCCUGACGACGGGCAACUUGAUGAGCCGGAAACGCACUUGA